AUGGAUUUCCAACAUACGAAGGAAACGUUUGAGUUGGCGGGGCAGCACUUCCCUCGCGUCACCUGGUACAAACAAAAGGGAAUGCGAGGGAUGUACGUUUGCUUGUUGUUUGUCGUCUUAACAUCUGCGACAAAUGGGUACGAUAGUUCGAUGACGAAUAGCCUUCAGACCCUCAAGCAAUGGCGAGAUUAUUAUGAUACCCCCUCGCCGUCGCAAUUAGGACUUCUGAACUGUAUAUGGGCGGUCGGAUCCAUCGUCGCAUUACCCGCAGUACCCUAUACAGCAGAUAUGUUAGGAAGACGUACUGGUGUGAUGAUUGGUUGCUCAAUCAUGAUCGGAGGUGUUGCGCUGCAAAGUCUUGGGUUUACCUUUGGCAUGUUUGUUAGCGCACGGUUUUUUCUAGGUUUUGGAGUCGCAAUCGCCCAUGGAUCAUCGCCUCUCUUGAUCACCGAAUUGGUCCAUCCCCAGCAUCGUGCUGUCUAUACCACAAUCUAUAACACCACUUGGUAUAUUGGAAGUUUCAUUGCCGCAUGGCUUACGUUCGGUACUAGUAAAAUCCAAUCGGACUGGGCAUGGAGAGCACCGUCGCUUGUCCAGGCUCUUCCAUCGAUCUUACAGAUGAUCUUCAUCUGGUUUGUCCCCGAGUCACCCCGAUGGCUUAUUUCGAGAGGGAAGAACGAGCAGGCUCUGCGAAUUCUUGCCAACGCUCAUGCAGCAGGUGAUAAAUUGGACGAAGUAGUUCAGCUAGAAUACGCGGAAAUUCGCGGGACUUUGAAAUUGGAACAAGAAAUCGAGGGCAACAAGUGGAGUGAACUCUGGAAAAAGCCUGGCAACCGCCAUCGUCUUAUUAUUCUGAUUUCUCUCGGUUUUUUCUCUCAGUGGUCUGGAAAUGGACUCGUCAGCUUUUACAUCCAUAUCGUCCUUGAUCAAAUUGGACUCAAAGAAACCAGUAUCCAAUUACUCAUCAACGGAGUGCUCCAGCUCGUAAAUAUUAUCGUUGCUAUCAGCAUGUGUUUCUUCGUUGACCGACUUGGUCGCCGAUUACUGUUCUUGAUUUCAACGGGUGGUAUGUUCGUGGUUUUCCCGAUUUGGACAGUCUGUUCCGCGCGAUGGGAGAUGCAUCACACAAAGGGUUCGGCAAAUGCUGUGGUGGUUAUGAUAUUCCUCUACUAUGUCUUCUACAACAUCGCGUGGGCCGGCUUGCUUGUUGGCUAUGCUGUUGAGAUCAUGCCAUACAAUAUGCGCGCAAAGGGGUUGACCGUUAUGUUCUUGGCCAUCGAUAUUUCGCUGUUCUUCAAUCAAUACAUCAAUCCUAUUGCCUUGGCACGCCUGACGUGGAAGUACUACAUCUUUUAUGAUGCCUGGCUCCUUUUUGAACUUUUCAUCGUCUGGAGGUUCUACCUAGAGACACGAAAUACUCCUUUGGAAGAAAUCGCCAAGCACUUUGAUGGAGAGUCGGCCAUCCUUGGUGGCACCGCGGCCACGGAAAAAUCGAGGCAGCUUGCCGAAGAAAUUGAUAGAGCAGCACCGCUUCCAAUAGAGAGCACUGGUUCCAUAGAGCUGGCAGUCCUCCGACGUGACCGUCACACAAGACCCCGCAACAACGACCGCGACAGUGACCACGAAAGUGUCUGA